AUGGCCGCCACAAGACAAGUGUUUUCCACCUCACAGUACCCCCUGCUCAACCGUGCCCACAACCAGAAGCUGACCGGCAGCCAAUGGGACGGCAUCGUGCUGGUCACUGAUGACCCUUCCAAGCUGGACGGCAGUCUGUGUGUCUUUAAGGAGGCUAUCCAGGCUUAUAAGGAGGUUGACAGUGGUGCAGAUGGUGAGGCUGUUGUCAUCCCUCUCCCCAGCCUGCCUGCCAAGAGGCUGGUCUAUGCCUGUACUGGCCCAGUGACACGUGACAUCGAUGAUGUCCGCAGGUUUUACGAUGCGGCAGUGAAGGGCUUACAGAGGGCCCUGAAGGCAGGCUGUAAGUCUCCUCUGCUGGUGUGCCCCGCCCAUCCUGCUUAUGACCAUGCCCGUGGUGUGGCCACUAUGGGGGCACUGCACGCUCUGUAUGUGCCUCUAGAGAUCCGACAGGAUGUUCCGGAUCGUGCCACCAAGGCCCGGCAGCUGGGGGUGUGGGCUGACUCUGAAGAGGUCGCAAACAACAUAGCAAAAAGGGUUGGGGAGCUGGAAAGUGGAAGGAUUGUUGCCCGUGACAUCGGAGGGUCGGACCCGGAGCGCAUGGCGGCGCCGCGGGUGGUGGAGUACCUGCAGGAGAAGUUCAAGGACACUCCCAUCAAGAUGAGUGUGACCUCUGACCCCGCAGAGCUGGAGGAGAAGUAUCCUCUCCUGGCUGCUGUCAACCGCUGUGCCAAAGCCGUGCCCCGUCACCACGGGCGAGUCAUCCACCUGGAGUACACCGGUGAGGGGGAAGUGGAUAAGACACUGCUGUUGGUGGGGAAGGGUAUCACCUAUGACACGGGUGGUGCAGAUAUCAAGGCAGGGGGAGUGAUGGCGGGCAUGCACAGGGACAAGUGUGGGGCUGCUGCUGUGGCCGGAUUCUUCCAGGUCCUGAAUGCGAUGCGUCCCAAGAAGCUGCGGGUUCUGGGUACGCUGGCUAUGGUGAGGAACAGUGUGGGGGCAGACUGCUACGUGGCGGAUGAGCUAAUCACGUCACGUGCGGGUGUCCGUGUUCGUGUGGGGAACACCGACGCGGAGGGUCGGAUGGCGAUGACAGAUCCGCUGUGUGAGAUGAAGGAACGUGCGCUGAAGGAGACCAACCCAGAACUCUUCACCAUCGCAACUCUGACGGGCCAUGCCAUCCGCGCCAUGGGACCCAACUACUCUAUCAUCUUGGACAAUGGCCCAGCCCGGAAGCUGCAGACUGCCCAACAGAUGCAGCAGGCUGGCCAUGAGUUUGCUGACCCAUUCGAGAUCUCCACUCUGCGUAGGGAGGACUUUGACUUUAUCCGUGGGAGGUCUGAGUAUGAGGAUGUCCUGCAGUGUAACAACCAGCCAUCCUCCGCGACCCCCCGUGGUCAUCAGUUCCCCGCUGCCUUCAUGAUGCAGUCUGCCGGACUGGACAAGUAUGGCUGUGACUCGGCCCACCCCCUGCCCUACUCCCACAUGGACAUCGCUGGAUCCUCUGGACCCUUCCCAGGGGUCCCCACUGGUGCUCCCAUCAUCGCCAUGGCAGCCAAGUACAUCUACCCACGGCUGUGAGGCAGAGGGCACGCCGGAGAAGCAUUGAUGGCGGCCUGACUACAUCAUGUUCCUAGCAGCCCUCUCACUGAUCAGGACCCUCGCCUGAUGAUGUCAUGCUUCUACAAAUCAACAUGAUUAGAAUGUUCCCAAUAAUUCUCCUGACAUAGAAAUGUUGGCUAUACCAUGCUUAUUAAGGUGCCUGAUCAGUGGAAGGGCUGCUAGAACCAUGAGGUUAUAA